UUUCCCUGCAAAAGCACCAUUGCCCACAUCAAUGGCUUUUCUCUAUUUUGUGAUCUAAAAUAUAAUAAUUUAUUUUUAUUAAUAUUGUUUUCUAUUCUUACAAACUAUUUUUCUCCCAUAUUCUCAAUCAAAUCUAAGAUUUCAUUUUCAUUUAUCUUUUAUCAGAUCUUUUUUUAUAUUGGGUUGGUUUGAAUUGUAUUAUUAAUUGGAAUUGUUUUACCCAUCUAUCUAUCCCCAAUAAUUAAUUCUCGUUGAUUAGUUUUAUAGAUCAUCGAAUCAAUAACAAAGUCCUAUAGAUCAUCGAAUCAACAACAAUAAUCUUCAAGAGGUUCAUAUGACAAUGGGGUUUAGGACAGAAGGGUUUGAAGAGAAGGAUCCUAUGACAAUGGGGUUUAAGACAAAAGAAGCAAUUUCAUCAUCUGAUGCACUUAAAAUCCUUGGAGAGGAUGAUCCAUUUUUGGGGCAAAAGCAACGACAACUUUCUUCUCCUUUAAAGACUUUUGCUAAUAUUUUCAUGUCUCUAGUUGGUGCAGGAAUUCUUGGACAUCCAUAUACAUUCAAGAAAAUAGGACGGGUACCAGUUCAGUUGUAGUCCAUCUAUCAUGAUUACACAGUUGCAGACUCCAGCCAAUAAAUAAUAAGUCCUCUUACUUUAGGGAUUUUAGUUAGAUGUUAUUUAUGUACUCUACUUUCUUACUCACAUGUAUUGGUUAUUAGUAGUUGGGGUCGCAUUCCUAAUAUCUAUAGUCAGUAUAGUAGAGGCUAAAUAGAUGUCAGUGUCAGUUAUGUAAUUUUAGU